GAUUCUGGCAGUGGUUUUGGCAACGCAUGUACAUCGGUUUUAGCGGUACCGCCACCUGUUUAUUCAACACCGUAUCCUAUCUAUGGUACCAAACAGUUUGCUGUACCACUAAGGUUAUCGUCCGAACCAAGGUAAUUAUUAUGUACGGAACGUCGCUGUGA